GUUGACAGUGCAUGUCAGAGAGGAAACUAGACCAUGAAGUCUGAGGAACUGAGUUUACACCACAAUCCUGCUGUACUUUUUGGGAUAAUCAGCCUCUUCUCUGCUGGCCUGUCUUCUGCUUCUGGACACCAUGGAUUGUCAAGUCCAGAUUGUCACAUGGGCUAACCUGGAGGCCCUACAGAAGAAGCUGGAAGAGUUGGAUCUAGAUGAGCAGCAGAAGAAGCGCUUGGAGGCUUUCCUUACCCAGAAAGUCAAAGUGGGCGAGCUGAAAGACGAUGACUUCCACCGCAUCUGUGAGCUGGGCGCUGGCAACGGAGGCGUGGUCAACAAGGUGUGCCACAAACCCUCAGGCCUGGUCAUGGCCAGAAAACUGAUCCAUCUGGAGAUCAAGCCAGCCAUCAGAAACCAGAUCAUCAGAGAGCUACAGUUGCUACAUGAGUGUAACUCGCCCUACAUAGUUAGUUUCUACGGGGCCUUCUACAGCGACGGAGAAAUCAGCAUCUGCAUGGAACACAUGGAUGGGGGCUCCCUGGACCAGGUGCUGAAGGAGGCCAAGAGGAUCCCUGAGGAGAUCCUAGGGAAAGUCAGCAUUGCUGUUCUCAGAGGGUUAGCCUAUCUACGAGAGAAACACCAGAUCAUGCACAGAGAUGUGAAGCCCUCUAAUAUCCUGGUGAACUCUCGUGGGGAGAUCAAGCUGUGUGACUUUGGUGUGAGUGGACAGCUCAUAGACUCCAUGGCCAACUCCUUCGUGGGAACACGCUCCUACAUAUCGCCGGAGCGAUUGCAGGGCACCCACUACUCUGUUCAGUCUGACGUGUGGAGUAUGGGCCUGUCUCUGGUGGAGCUGUCUAUCGGCCGGUACCCCAUACCCCCUCCUGACGCCAAGGAGUUGGAGACCAUCUUCGGACGGCCCAUCAUGGAUGGGUCUGAGGGAGACAUGCACAGCAGCACCUCACCCAGAACCCCCGGGGGCAGACCUGCCAGCAGCGAUGGGCCUGUGAUGGCCAUCUUUGAGCUGCUGGACUACAUUGUCAACGAGCCUCCCCCCGAACUGCCCCAUGGAGUUUUCACUUCUGAUUUCCAUGACUUUGUGACUAGAUGUCUCAUGAAGAACCCAAAAGACCGGGCUGACCUGAAGAUGCUGAUGAACCACGCGUUUAUCAAGCGCUCUGAGGUAGAGGAGGUGGACUUUGCUUGCUGGCUUUGUAAAACCAUGGGGCUGAACCAACCCAGCACUCCCACAUGCACUGCAGACUAGACACGCAUGCAGUGGCCUGUGGACGCAAGCAGCCUCCACAACCACAUGUAUACAAACACACUUUCCUUGUCAGCCACCUUUCCUUUCAGGUGAUCCUGGUAUGAACUGGCCCUAGUCAGUCACUCUCCUGUCAGAAACAAGCCCACAAUUUUUCAACCGUAAUCAACAUUGCUUCAAUGGUGUGGUUAGGGCAACCCCUCACACUGUCAGAUUCCCCUAUCAGACCGUCAAAGCGGUCUGGCUGUCGUAGUCUGCAGUAUCAACAGUGUGGCAUCAGGGAGCUUCAUUACCCUGGACGAGCAGACCUAAGGUGUACAAUGGGCCUGGUCAGAGGUAGAGGCUUUAGAUAAACCCAUGCUGUGAACUCUUAACUUGGUGCCAACUGUGUAGAUUGUGAGUUAACAUUUAUCUACAGUGCCUUCAGAAAAUAUUCACAUCACUGAUUUAAAUUGAGAUUUUGUCACACAAUACCCCAUAAUAUCAGUGGAAUUGUUUCUCAAUGUAUUAAAAAUGAAAAGCUGCAAUGUCUUGACUCAAGUAUUACACCCUUUUAUUUAUUUUUAAUGGCAAGCCUAAAGUCCAGGAGUGAAUGUGCUUAAUAAGUUGCAUGGACUCACUACUAUACUCUUUAACAUAAUAGUAAAAAUGAUCUGCAAGGUCCCUCAGUUGAGCAGUGAAUUUCAACCACAAAGACCAGGGAGGUUUUCCUAUGGUUUAAAGGACACCUAUUGGUAGAUGGGUAAAAAUAAAAGCUGACAUUAAAUAACCCUGUGAGCAUGGUGCAGUUAAUUUUACGCUUUGGAUGGGAUAUCAAUACAUCCAGUCACUUCAAAGAUACAGGCACCCUUCCUAAAUCAGUUGCUGGAGAGGAAUUUCACCAUGAGGCCAAUGGUGAUUUUUUAAAAAUGACGAUCAAAGAACUGAGAUUAACAUAAAUGAGAGCAAAGCCUCUACAGAAUUAAAUAUUCCAAACAUGCAUCCUAUUAUCAGUGAGGCACUAAAGUGGCAAAGAAUGUACAAAGUGUUAUGUUUGGGGGAAACCACAUCACGGAGUGCAACUUCAUAUUUCAAGCAUGGUGGUGGCUGUAUCUAUAGGAUGCUUGUUGUCAGCAAGGCCUUAUUUUUUUUAAAAUAUAUAUUUAGGCUAAAAAUAAACAAAAUAUAGCUAAGCACGUACAAAUCCUAAAGGAAACCCUGGUCUGCUUUCAAACAGACAUUGGGAGACAAAUUCACCUUUCAGCAGGACAGUAACCUAAAACACGGCCAAAUCUACACUGGCGCUGCAUACCAAGAUGACAUUGAAUGUUCCUGGGUGUCCUAGUUUUGACUUGACUCAGCUUAACUCUAUGGCAAGACUUAAAUGGCUGUCUCGUGGUGAUUAACCCACUUUUAUUUAAUAAUGGGAAAGUAUUGUACAAUCCAGGUGGCAAAGCACUUAGACUUACCCAGAAAGACUCACAGCUGUAAAUGCUGCCAAAGGUGACUAACAUGUAUUGACUCGGGUUUGAAUACUCAACAACAAAACAAAAUGCAUUUCUUCCACUUUGACAUCAGUGUUUUGUGUAGGUCAAUGACAAAUCUAUUUUAAUCCCACUGUGUAACAAUGUGGAAAGUCAAGGGGUGUGGGUACUUUCUGAAGGCACUAUUUUUGCAUUCCUGUAACACCAGAACCCUUUGAACAGAGGAUACGCAGAAAUAUACGCCUUGUUUUACAAAAAGAACUCGGGAUACUUGACAUCACAAACUACGCGAGACCUAUAAACACAACUGCACUUCAUCUAUUUUCCCAAGAUCAUCUUUUGCUUCUCAAUUACACGUAUCAAUCACUCUGUACAAGCAAUAACUCAAACAUGGGCCACCGCUGCAGUGUGACAUUGGUAUUUUUUUGCCAGGCCAUAGGUGUUAUGAUUAGGAGUUACUCAUAUGUAUUGACAUGUACAUUGUCUUCACAUCUCUGUGUCUGCAUAUUGAGCAGAGGAGGCUGGUGGGGGGAGCUAUAGGAGUAUCGACUCAUUGUAAUGAAUGGAAUAAAUGGAACGGUAAACAUAUGGAACCACAUGUUUGACUCCGUUCCAUUUAUUUAAUUCCAGCCAAUACAAUGAGCCUGUCCUGCUAAAGCUCCUCCAACCAGCCUCCUCUGAUAUGCAGAUAUGUUAAGUUUAUUUGCAUACUGUACAUCAGUUUUUAUUUUUCUCUUUCGGCAGAUUGAGUGUAGUGUUUGUGUUAAUGAGAUGUGGGAUGGCAUCCUGUCUAAUUAUUUUACAUCAGUGAAGUUAAAGGAAAUUAUACUAGAAGAGGAUGCCAUUUAGACUAUUGAGACGCAGCCCUAGUGUCUGCAUCCUGGCCAGGCUCCCUCCAUCCCUUUGGCUGUAGGAGAGAUGCAUGCCUGACCAGUGUUGGGAGAUGAACACACCUUAACCAGAGUAAUUUAUAUCUCCUAAUACAGUGUUUCCCAAGUCCUGUCCUCAAGUACCCCCAACAGUACACAUGUUUGUUGUAGCCCCGGACAAACUCACCUGAUUCAACUCAUUGAGGGUUGUGGGUACUCGAUGACUGGAGUUGGGAAACACUGUCGUAAUAU